UACGCCGUCGGCAAGCCGUCUUGGGUGCUAUGAUGUACUCAAUCUGCAGCAAGUGGAUCAGUGUCCAGGAGUGAUGGACAAGCCUGAGCUGUACGGGAGGUACAGCGGUCCCAUCGAGGCGGCGGCGGCCAGGGCUCUGGACGAGGUGUGGCCGCUGCUGCGCUGGAGCAGGCCCGCGCUGCCCAUCCUCGACAUCGGCUGUGGACCCGGGGACGUGGCUGCCAAGGUGUUGGCGCCGUGGCUGCCGCGUGGUACGAAGAUCGUGGCGUGCGACAUCAGCGCCGAGAUGCUGCGCUACGCGCAGACCAACAACUCGCUGCCCGGCGUCGUAGCGUACGAGCGGCUGGACGUGACGGACGCGCUGCAGCUGGAGCAGAGCGGCGUGUGGCGGCGAGGGCCCUACUCCAAGGCGUUCGCCUUCCUGCUGCUCCAGUGGCUGCCCGACAACAGGCUCGCUCUUGGAAACAUCUACAAGCUUCUGGCACCUGGCGGAGAGGCCUUCUUCACGAUAAUCACAAAAAUUUGCUUAUACGAGGCGUAUGAGAAGAUGUCGCAAGAUCUGCGCUGGGAGCCGUACAUGAAGGACUGGCGGAACUUCGUGUCUCCUUACUGUCGCUCAGAGGACGCUGCCAAAGAUUUCCAAGAGCUGCUCCAGAGCGAGGGCUUCGAAGUGUUGUACUGUUCCGUGAGGCCUGAGGCGCUCGCCUUCGCUUCAGAGGAGCAGAUAAGAGUUGUGCUGAAGUCGGUGAAUCCGUUCGUGAAUCGAGUACCUGAGGACCAGAGAGCUGAGUUCCUGGAAGACGUCUUCCAGCGCUUCUGCCGGAUGGGUGGGAUGACAAAGGACGUGGACCCCAUGACGAGGGAGACCAAGUACAAUUACAACUACAUGUCGAUGUCGGCUUUGGCAAGAAAAGCCGCCAAACUUUGCCUCUGAUUCAAUGCUUCCUGCUGAGCACUAGCAACAAUACUUAUCUUGUCUAACGGGAGUACUAACUACACGCACGUUCUGAAAAUUAUUUGAACACGUUUCUUACGACAGGCCGUCAGUAUUGAAUAAAUAUGUUGUCAAUGAUAGUAUGUCGUUGUCUUUCCCAAUCAAUUAGCCAAAUGUUAAGUACAUUGCUUUCUACCCUAGUUAACUAGU